CCCAGUGACUCUUACACAGUUAUAUUAUUAAAAAUAUAAAAACCAAGUGGUGUGCACGUGUGUGGCAUCAGCAUCACCAACCAGUAGCAAUACAGUAGCAAAAGCAAGCACCAGUCAACUACUAUACCACUCAAAUAUACAUCUACAAAAUUAUUACUUUAAAAAGUUUCAGUUUCAUUUUAAAAAACACUCAAUAUCAGUGCUUCGUAUAUAUUUUUUUUUCAUACCCAUUAUUGUCUAUUGUGAUCAAUAAUUAAAUUUAUAUUUUAAAAUUGAUAAUAAUCAUUGAAAUGAUAAUUAUAAAUAAAAAAAAUUGUAAAAAAAAUUACAUUUUAUUUUUUAUAUAUUUUUUUUUAAUGUGAAUUUGUUAGUUUUAUUUUUUUUUGGGUAAUAAUUAAAAUGGCAGCUUGCCAUUCACAUCCACGAGCACAUUUACAAAUUCAAGAUAAUGAUUAUCCACAAAAUCAUCAACAAAAAAUUCAAUCAAAUUAUCCACCUCAUCUACUUAAUUGGGUUUAUCUAGCAAUUUCUGAUCAAAAUUCAAUUCAACAUAAUGAUCAGAAUAAUAUUUUUCCAACGAUAUGGGGUAAUUUUCCAACGGCAAAUAAUUCACAUCAUCAAUCAUACAUAUCUAAAAAUACAUUAAAUCCAGGAUCAUUGACCUUGGGUGGUAAUUUGAUGGAUACAAUAAGUGACUUGGCUGAGCAUUUCAAUGAACUUGGUUUGCUUGAUAAAAAACCAACGAAAAAACCACCAGCAAAUUAUUUAUGUCAUUUGUGUUUUAAAAAAGGUCAUUAUAUCAAGGAUUGUCCACAGGCAAGACCUAAAGGUGAAGGCCUAACACCAUAUCAAGGAAAAAAACGCUGUUUUGGUGAAUACAAAUGUUCAAAAUGUAAACGUAAAUGGAUGUCAGGAAAUAGUUGGGCAAAUAUGGGUCAAGAAUGUAUCAAGUGUCAUAUAAAUGUUUACCCUCACAAACAGGUUAGUCUAGGACCAUCAACAUCGUUAUCAACAUCCUCGUUACAUUCGUUCAACUCCUCCCUGCGUUACAGACCACUUGAAAAGCCAGAUGGCCUGGAUGUAUCAGACCAAAGUAAAAUUCAUCCUCAACAUCUUUGUGAAAAAUGUAAAACACUUGGUUACUAUUGUCGACGUGUUCAGUAAUUAAAAUAUCAUUAUUUUUAAUUAAUUAUCAUUAUGAAAAAAUUAACAAUAUGUAUAUAAAAUGAAAAAGAAUUUUUUUGUGUUUCAACGUUUGUUGUUAGUACAACUGGUUGAUUGCUAUUUAAAGCACACACCCCUGUCUAUGUUUAGAGAACAAGAAAGAAAAAAAAAAAAAAGACGGAAACGAGUAAGAAGUAUUUGUUAGUAACUCUUUGAUAUUUAAUUUAAGUAAAAAUAUUAUUGAAUUAUUAAAAAUUAUAAUAAGAAUUUCUUGGGCUAUUGCAUAUACAAUUAAAUAAAAUUAAAUGAUACUGUCAUAUGCACAAAAGAAAACAUAAAAAAAAUUACUAGCACGAGGAAUUUAUAAUAAGUAAUUAUUUAUAAAGAUAAAUGUAAAAAAGAGCUUAUUUUUUUGUAUUAAUUUUGCUUCAGUUUAAUUAUAUUUACAUGUAUAAAAACAAAAAAAUAACAGUAUAAAUUUUUUUUAAUAUAUAUUUACAAGUUGACCGUGAAAUAUUCUCUUGCAUUGUGCCAUUUGCAAACAUGACAAUCAUAUAUUUUUAGAUUUAAGAAGAAUUUAUUUUAAAGAGUAAAAUUGAUCAGGCGUAUUAAAAAUUUACUUGUAUUGUAUUCUAUAAUUAUUAAGAAUAUAUUUGAAUGUAUAUGAGUUGAAAAUUAAAGCCAAAGAUUUAUAAAA